AUGGCUGAUGAGAACUGCACCGAGGUGAUCCAGUUCACCUUCUUGGGCCUCACAGAGCACCCACAACUGAAGCCCAUCCUCUUCAUGCUCUUCCUGGGCACCUACGUGCUGACAUUAGCGGGAAACCUUGGCCUGAUCGCUCUGAUCAGGGUGAGCUCUCAGCUGCACACCCCCAUGUACUUUUUCCUCGGUAACUUGUCCUUAUUGGACGUUUGCUACUCUUCCACCAUCAGCCCCAAAAUGCUGCUGGACCUUCCAUCAAAAACCAAAGCCAUUUCUUUUGCUGGCUGCCUCACGCAGUUUUAUUUCUAUGCUGUUUUUGCCACAGCUGAGAUUUACCUGCUGGCUGCCAUGGCCUAUGACCGCUAUGUGGCCAUCUCCAAGCCCCUGCUCUAUCAGGUCAUCAUGUCUUCUGGCAUCUGCGUGAGGCUGGUCGCUGUGUCCUACCUUGCAGGGCUGCUGAAUGCCAUCGUGCACACAAGCGCCCUGCUCUGGCUGUCCUUCUGCGGUCGCCUGGUCAUCAACAACUUCUACUGUGAUGGGCCACCCCUGUUUGUUGUUGCCUCCACUGAUGCGCAUCUCAAUGAGGGUUUAAUGUUUGUGUUUGUGGGUUUCAACAUGAUGACCACCAACCUGCUCAUCCUCGCCUCCUAUGCCUGCAUCGUGGUGGCUGUGGGCAGGAUGAGCUCUGCUGCGGGCAGGCGCAAAGCCUGCUCCACCUGCGCCUCCCACCUGGCAGCCGUCAUCAUUUUCUACGUGUCUGCUACUUUUAAUUACAUGCAACCCAGUUCAUCGAACUCACUGGAAAGCAAGAAAAUCGCAUCCAUCUUUUACACCAUUAUCAUCCCUAUGCUGAACCCCGUGAUUUACAGCCUGAGAAACAAGGAGGUGAAGCACGCCCUGACCAGGCUUGUUAAGCAGAUGACUCCUGGGUGCCUGGCCCCUAGGGGAGUUCCUUGUUUUGGGAAGGGGAGAAGUAUAAUUUGUGAUUGA